AUGGAGGAAGGGGAACUCGCAAAAGCCCAAACCGCAUCUGCGGGUGGCGAUACUAUAUUCGGAAAAAUACUUAGGAAAGAAAUACCAGCUAAAUUCGUCUAUGAAGAUGAGCAGUGUGUGGCUUUCCAUGAUGUGAAUCCUCAAGCUCCUACGCAUAUACUAGUGAUUCCAAGAAAGCCAAUUACCCAAUUGUCCAAGGCUGAUGAUGCUGAUGAACAACUCUUAGGUCACCUGAUGGUUGCUGCCAAAAAGGUUGCAAUACAAGAAGGUCUGGACAAGAGUGGUUUCCGUUUGGUAAUUAAUGACGGCAAGAAUGGAGCCCAGAGUGUAUAUCACUUACAUGUACAUGUUCUAGGUGGACGCCCAAUGCAUUGGCCUCCUGGCUAA